AUGGACAACACAGAUGAAGAACUAUUGUUGUCAAUGCUCGAGAAGGAACGUCAAUCUAGAAGUUCAUCAAGGCGAAAAAUAAGAUCACUGAUAGAUCGGAAUCGUGAAGAAGGGCAUAUACGAUUAUUCAACGACUACUUCUCAGAAAAUCCAGUAUACACGGAUGCCCAAUUCCGUAGAAGGUUCAGAAUGCAUAGGCAUUUGUUUAUUCGAAUUGUAGAAGCCCUUGAAAAUCAUGAUGAAUAUUUUCAAAUGAGGGUUGACGCAACUGACGAAUAUGUUCGAAUUGGUGAAAGCACUGCAAUUGAGUGCUUUGAGAGAUUUGUAAGGGACGUGAAUGAGGAAUGGAAGAAUUGUCCUGUUGCAUGGAAAGGACAAUUUUGCCGAGGUGAUCCUGGUAAACCUACGAUCAUGCUUGAAGCAGUGGCAUCACAAGACUUAUGGAUUUGGCAUGCAUUUUUUGGUAUUGCAGGUUCAAAUAAUGACAUUAAUGUGCUAAAUCAAUCCAAUGUGUUUAACGAUAUUUUGGAAGGACGUGCUGCUAUUGUGCAAUAUACAAUCAAUGGGACUCCAUAUAACAUGGGGUAUUAUUUAGCAGAUGGUAUAUAUCCUGAGUGA